GCUAUUACAACACCUAAAAUUAAACCUUGUAACCUCCAAACUUAACUAAGGGACAUAAUCAAUUGUAAUAACGAUUGGAAGUAACGAAUAACGUCGACCUUUUUAAUUCAUUAUAGCGCCAACUUAGAUACAAUUAAGGUUCCAGCGAUCCACCAAUGUCCUUCGUACCUGCUUCGGCAAUUUGGUAUUAUAGUAAAUGCAGUAACGUAACUCCGUCCACCGCCUUCCGUUUCCGUCCCGAGCCGUUUUCUGCCAAGGUUGUGUCAUUUUUGUGACUCAAGUGCCCCUCCCCCUCCAUCUCGACAUUUUUGACAUAUCUGACAUACAACACGCCCUAUUGUCGACCCAUUUAGCAUUUAAAUUUCGUGUUAAAAUCUUCGCGACUUUCCGUCUAUAUAGGAAAGGGAUUGUGAAGUAACUCUCAAAUACGUCGCAGCGCAAGCGAAAUUGCGAUCAUGAGCGAGUCACAACCGAAACCGUCUUUGCUACCCGAGGCGGGUAAGCAAAGCAUUUUGAUCACUAGUGCCCUACCCUACGCCAACAACGUUCCUCAUCUUGGCAACAUCAUUGGCAGUGUUCUUUCAGCGGACGUGUUUGCUCGUUUCUGUAGAGCACGAGGCCUUCCGACCCUCUACGUUUGCGGUACCGACGAAUAUGGUACAGCUACCGAAACACAAGCACUUGCCGAGGGUGUAGAUCCAGCUACACUAUGCGCCAAAUACAAUGCUAUCCAUCGAGAUAUCUACUCUUGGUUCAAGAUCGAUUUCGAUAUCUUCGGCCGCACUCCCACUCCCCAGCAUACCGAGAUCGUGCAGGAGAUAUUCAGCCGGCUAUGGGAGAAUGGCUUCAUUGAGGAACGAGAAACCGAACAAGCCUAUUGCCCGGCCCACUCGUCUUUCUUAGCCGAUCGCUUCGUCGAAGGCGAGUGUAGUCUGUGCCACGCGCCCGGAGCACGUGGAGACCAGUGCGACGCAUGCGGAAAUCUUUUAGACCCUCUAGAGCCUGUCGAGGACACCAAAGCGGAAUCGGGAGAAGACAGGAAAGCCACUGGCUGGCUUAUCAACCCUCGGUGCAAACUCGAUGGCGCGGCACCGGAAAGACGAAGAACGAAGCAUCUUUAUCUUCGCCUAGAUGCCCUGCAACCCGAAGUCAAAUCCUGGCUUGAUAACGCUAGUAACAGCAAGGAUUGGAGCUCUAAUGCCACAGCCAUCACUCAAUCGUGGAUCCAUGAUGGGUUGAAGCCACGUAGUAUUACGAGAGACCUGAAAUGGGGUGUACCAGUUCCUACGGGCCUGCCUGGUUUAUCGGGAGGCGAUUAUGAUGGAAAAGUCUUCUAUGUUUGGUUCGAUGCCUGCAUUGGUUACCCUUCGAUUACCAAGUGUUAUACCGAUAGGGACGACACGACUAGCAAAAAUUGGGAACGAUGGUGGAAGAACCCAGAAGAUGUCUCUCUGUACCAAUUCAUGGGCAAAGACAACGUCCCGUUCCAUAGCAUCAUCUUCCCCGCAUCCCAGCUAGGUACCCGAGAGAAAUGGACUCAAGUUACCAAGUUGUCUACUACGGAAUACCUUAAUUAUGAAGGUGGAAAGUUUAGCAAGUCAAAGAAUGUUGGUGUUUUCGGCAAUAGCGCCAAGGACACUGGUGUUCCCGUCGACGUAUGGAGAUAUUACUUGCUCUCGAGACGCCCAGAAACCAGCGAUUCGGAGUUUAGUUGGCGAGAAUUUGUUGAUGCCAACAACAACGAUUUGCUAAAGAACCUCGGCAACUUCUGUAAUCGUGUUGUCAAAUUCGCUCACGCGAAAUUGAACGCCGUGGUACCCGACUAUCGCACUUACAAAGAUCCCACUGGCUCAUUAGAGCAGCAUAAGGAGGAAGCCAACAGCUUGCUUCAAACUUACAUCGCAAACCUCAAGGCUACUAAACUCCGAGCCGGUCUCUCUACAAUUCUCAGCAUAUCCGGAUUAGGUAAUAAACUGCUGCAGGAUAACAAGCUGAGUAAUCAGCUUCUCUCCGAAGAUCCAGAGCGCUGCAAUGCCGUCGUCGGUGUGGCCUUAAACCAACUUCACCUUCUCGCAAGCCUUUUAUUCCCAUACAUGCCAGAGACAGCCGAAGGUAUUCUCCACCAACUUGGCGUUCAAGGCUCCGGCAAUGAUAGGUUCUUAAUCCCCGACACAUGGACAGCCGACGCCAUCCCAGCAGGACAGGCCCUCGGAGAACCAAAACUACUUUUCUCUCUCAUUCCAUCCGAGAAGGCCGAUGAAUGGCGUGAGGCCUUCGGUGGAGAAGAGCUUCGAAAGCAAAAGCAAAUUGAAUUAGAGAAAGCUGCAGCUAAGAAGGCAGCGAAAGAGAAGGAGAAGGAGCGGAAGCGACUCAAGAAAUUGGGUCUCGCCGCUGGUGCCGGCAGUGAAUCAUCAAAGGUGCCAACAGAACAAUUACAGAACCUAAGCGUAGCGGAUAGCGCUGGAGGUCAGGACUCAUCAAAAUAAAAGAAAGCCUAAGCUCACCAUUAAAUUGUUUCCGCAUGGAUUGGAUGUUGUUGAUAGGGCGCUAGUAUAAAGGUUUCUGCAGAGACACCUUCGGUUGAUUUGGCGAUGCGGUUGACGCAUAGAUCUGCGAAGAAUUCGCUAAAAAAUAGGGCUAGGAUCUUCAAAAUGAAACAGUCGGUUCUGUUUUUUCUUCAUAUGCCCCAAAAUCUUCAAGUAAUAUCUUCGGAACUUCGCCACAGUUGCAGCCCGGUCAGUGUAAUGACAAGAUUAACCUAACACCUUUUUUUCAUUUAUGCAUAUAUACAUUGACAUUUA